GCUUUUCUGAGGUGGGAGGCAGCCAUGGCGGCUGGAGGGCCAGUCCAAGAUCUGUGCGAGGAAGCCACUUGCUCCAUCUGCCUGGAAUAUUUCAGGGAUCCCGUUAUGAUCGCCGAGUGCGGCCACAACUUCUGCCGAGGCUGCCUGACCCGGAGCUGGGGGGAGUCGGGGGCAGAGGCUUCCUGCCCCCAAUGCAGAGGAAUUGCUCAGCCAGGGGACCUCCGCCCGAAUCUGCAGCUGGCACACGUUGUCGAAAUAGCCAAGAAACUCAGUCUUUUUGAAGGGCAGAAGGCAGAAGCGAAGAGGGGAGAAGAAGGGAGGGAGAGAGUCUGCGCAAAGCACCAGGAGCCCCUACAAUUUUUCUGCAAGGACGACGAAGCCCCCUUGUGUGUGGUCUGUGGCAGAUCCAAAGAACACAAAGAUCACCAGGUGACUCCUCUGGAGGAAACUGCUCAAGAGAAUAAGACGAUCAGAGCAGCUGGAAAGGUGAGUGUCUGUGAGAAACACCAGAGGCCCCUGAAGCUCUUCUGUAAAGACGAUGAUGCCCCCAUCUGUGUGGCCUGCAACGGAUCCAAGGAGCACAAAUAUCAUGAGGUGAUUCCUAUUGAGGAGGCUGCCCAGGAGUAUAAGGAUCAGAGCUACAGCAGCAUGGAGUUUCUGAGGAAGGAGAGGGAAAAAGUUCUGGCCUGCAAAGCAGAUGUAGUGAAGGAAAGCCAAGAACUGUUUAAACGAACAGAGAGUGAGAGGGAAAAGAUAGUGACUGGAUACAGACAGCUACACCAGUUUUUGGAAGAACAAGAGAAACUUCUCCUGGCUCAGAUGGAAGAGGUGCAGAAGGAAAUUGCAAGAGAGAGGGAUGAACAGCUGGCCAGAUUCUCCCGGAAACUCGCCUCUCUUGAAAAUAUCAUCUGGGAGUUGGAGGAAAAGACUCAUCAUCCAGUGAAUGAAUUCCUGCAGGAGAUCAGGAGCACCUUACAAAGGUAUGUGGACUCUGAGACACUUGAAAAUCCGGUGGCUUUUCCUGCAGCACUGAAAUGGCGGAUCUGGGAAUUCUGUGAUCUGAAUCCCUUUCUGGAGAGGGCCAUGGAACAAUUCAAAGGUACCUUGCUAUCUGGACUUCAGCAGCAAAAAGUAAAUGUAAGCUUGGAUCCUGAUACUGCUUUUAAAAAUCUCGUCCUGUCAGAAGACCAUAAAAGUGUGAAAUGGGAAAACACAGUUCAAGAUCUGCCUGACAAUCCAGAGAGGUUUGACCAACGUGCUGCUGUGCUUGGACGUGAGGAAUUCACAGCAGGACGACAUUUCUGGGAAGUCAUUGUAGGAAGGGAGAAAGAAUGGGCUGUGGGGAUGACCAGAAAGUCUGUGAGGAGAAAGGGCAAGUUUCACAUAAAAACUAAAGAAGACCUCUGUGUUGUGGGGCACUGGAAAGAUGGCUAUGAAGCUUCUAUAAAGCCUCAUCAUACUCCCCUGUCCCUGAAGGGAGAGCUCAAGAAGGUAAGAGUUUCUGUGAACUGUGAUGGCGGACGGGUAGCCUUCUUUAAUGCUGAUACAGCAGCCUGCCUUUACACAUUCUCUGCAGGGGCCUUCUCUGGAGAGACCCUUCAGCCCUUCUUUUAUGUGUACGGAAAAGGCCACCUCACACUUUCUUCUUGACAGAGUCAGAUUUACCCCGCUAAUUCUGCUGAAAUUGGUCUCUAAACAAGGAUAUAUGCAUUGGGAUUUU